CUCUGCCCAAAAAACUCCCCACCCACCUCCACCUUCUAGAUGGAGCAAUGGAGAGGCGCUCGAAGCGGCUCCACUCCUCACUCCUGUGAAGUCUCUGUCCUGCAGGAUGACUCCAGAGAACGUCAGCGGGGCGGGCGUGGUCCCUGCUGAGUUCAUCCUCCUGGGCAUCACAGACCGCUGGGACCUGCGCCUGACCCUCUUCCUGGUCUUCCUGCCCGUCUACCUGGUGAGCCUGAUGGGGAAUGUGGGCAUGGUGCUGCUGAUCCGCGGGGAUGCCCGGCUCCACACGCCUAUGUACUUCUUCCUGGCCAACCUCUCCCUGCUGGAUGCCUGCUACUCCUCAGCCAUCGCCCCCAAGAUGCUAGUGGACCUGCUGCUGCCCCAUGCCACCAUCCCUUACGCAGCCUGUGUCCUCCAGAUGUUCGCAUUUUCAGGGCUGGCGGAUGCAGAGUGCUGCCUGUUGGCUGCCAUGGCCUAUGACCGCUACGUGGCCAUCGGGAACCCUCUCCUCUACCGAACGGCCAUGUCGCGGCGUCUAUGCCUGACCUUGCUGGGAGCAUCGGGCAUGGGUGGCGCAGUGAGUGCCUUUAUCCACACGACCUUCACCUUCCGCCUGAGCUUCUGUAGCUCCCGGGAGGUCAACAGCUUCUUCUGCGAUAUCCCUCCACUGCUGGCCAUCUCGUGUGAUGACACCAGCCUCAAUGAGCUCCUCCUCUUCGCCGUCUGUGGCUUCAUCCAGAUGACCACAAUGCUGGCGAUUGUCGUGUCUUACGGAUUCAUUGCUGGGGCUGUGAUCCGCAUGCGCUCGGCUGAGGGCCGUCGGCAAGCAGCUUCCACCUGUGGCUCCCACCUCACCGCCGUGUUCAUGCUGUAUGGGACCCUCAUUUUCAUGUACCUGCGUCCCAGCUCCAGCUAUGCCCUGGACACUGACAAGAUGGCAUCUGUGUUCUACACCCUUGUCAUUCCAGCUCUCAACCCACUCAUUUACAGCCUCCGCAACAAGGAGGUCAAGGCCGCCCUCCGGAGGACCUGGAGCCGAUCCUGCUGUCCUGGGCGGGGGCCCUAGAGACAGGUCUGAAGACGCUGUUUGGGGCUGACGGUACAGAGAUGCAGAGGACACUUUCUUGCCUUGCACUGUGGGUAAAGGCAGAUGUUCCUCUGGCUUGGGUAUCCCUUGCCACUAUGUGAGGGACUGAAAAGGGGGAGAAAAGGAAGCUUGCAGAAGGGAGGCAGGAACCUAGGGGUGAUCUAGGGCGGGACCCAGGGCCAGAACCAAGAUCAGGUUAAUGCUGUUCCUGAGCUGACUGUUCAAAAGCUUGCCGGUGUUACCAGGUCAGUAACAUAGGUUUAUUUGCCACGGUUCUUAUAAGAGACUGAUUCCAAGAAAUACCAGGUAAGAGCUGGGUUGGCUGCAGGUGUUUCUAGGCUCUUAUCCUUUUAAGGUUCUUCAUGACCAGUGAGUCCGUUCCUGCUCUCCUUGACCCCAAGAGAUCCUCUCCAGAAUCCACUCACGCCAAAGAGUGGGAGUGACUUGUGAGGCCAAGGCCCCUCCCUACUGACCUGUGUCUUGCAUCUCUCGGGGGAAGUGGCCGAACAGCACCCAGUUUGGUCAAGGUUGGAUUAGUCCAGGCCUACAGUGGAGGUUAGGGAAAGAUCAGAUUUAUCGGUAUAGUUAGAAUAGGGUUGGGAUUCGGGUUCAGGUUAUGGCUAUGACUAAGGUUAGGGUUAGGGUAGAGCCAGGGUUAGAUCUGGAAUUUAAUAGCAAUUGGGAGGCUCUGGCCCACUAGCUCAAUUAGUUGGAGUGUCCUCCAGCUAUGCCCCGGGGUCUCUGGUUGAGGCACAUGUAAGAAACAACCAAUGAAUGCAUAGGAGCAAG